UGCGAUUUAAUUUAUCUUUAGCAAAAGAAUGCAAACAAAUUCUAAACAAUCCGAGAGAAUCCGAGAUCAGUCAACGAUGCAUCUUUUUUGUUAACAUAUUCUCAACUCUCAAGUCUACUGUAAAGAUAUGCGAGGUCGACGAAAUACAUGAUCAUUCAUAUGCCAUAUCUUGUUCUGACUCACGUUCCUAGUGUUCGUAUGACCACGAGACACAAGUGAUUAUACGUAUAACGGUAUAAGGACCCUUAGGCAUCAUGGCGUACAAUGGCGAGAGUCGCAUGUCAUUCCACGGCGAUGGCGCCUCUAUUGCAAACAUCCAGGGUGGCCCAAGCAGUCCUUCCAACGUCGAUGGGAAAGCCGUAGUAUUUCAAGAUGACAUGGUGAUGGGGCCAAAUGAAGGGUCCUUCUGGGUGAAAGUUAGACAUGGAACACCUACACUAUGUAUCCCCAUAUUCAUCAUGUCAUUUGCGGAGAAGAUGGUGACCAUCUCUAUGUCCGCCACCUCUUCUGAAUUUGGUGCUAUAACCACACGCACUUUGAGCACAACGGACGUAUAUCUCGCACAGGCGUAG